AUGCAGACGUCCCACAACGACUACCAAGGAUUCAACUCGGAGCGAAUCAAUAUGGCGACUCGGGAGGACGACGGAGUGACCUCAUCUGAUAUAGAGAUGAUGGGAAUCCCCGACGCCCAUCUCCUCAACACCACCGUCAAUAACAUUUCAUGGGAGGGCAUCGAGGUUACUGUCAAGGACAGAGAGACCAAGGAGCCCAAGAGCAUCGUUCACAAUGUCGACGGUUUCGUGCAGGCCGGCGAGAUCUGCGCCCUCAUGGGCCCCUCAGGCUGCGGCAAGACGACUCUUCUUAACGUCCUCGCCGGCCGCCCCACCAACGCUUCCAACGUCGAAGGUUCCGUGCUAGUCAACGGCGUGCGUGCCUCGCGUUCUGACUUCCGCCAAAUCAGCUGCUUCGUCGAGCAAGAGGACGCCCUUAUCGGGUCCCUCACCGUGCGAGAGACGCUGCUCUUCACGUCCCGCCUGUCGAGCACAAGCUCUCUGCCACUUAAGGAGCGUCUCGCUCGUAUUGACGGUCUCUUGGCGUCUUUCGGUCUGACCGAGCAGGCCGACACCAUCAUCGGCACCCCGAUCCGGAAGGGCAUCUCCGGCGGCCAGAAGCGCCGUGUAGGCGUUGCGAGCCAGCUGAUCACCAGUCCCAAGAUCAUGUUUCUGGACGAACCGACCAGUGGGUUGGAUUCUGCGGCGAGUUACGAGGUGAUUAGUUACCUCAAGACAGUCGCCAGCCGAUGCAAUCUCAUCGUGAUCGCCUCCAUUCAUCAACCUUCGACUUCAACCUUCAACCUCUUUGACAAGCUCCUUCUCUUGUCCGGUGGAAAGACGCACUACUUUGGCGCCGUCAGCAACGUCGGGUCUUACUACGAGACCAUGGGCAUGCCGAUACCUAUGCAGGUGAACCCGUCUGAGCACCUCCUUGAGCUCGUCAACAUCGAUUUCGCAAGAGAUAAGCAACAGGCCGUUGCCCAUCUGCAGGCCAUGCACGAGAGCUGGGCCGAGUCAGGCCAGGCCAGGGAUCUGAAGAUUUCCAUCGCCGACGCGCAGCAGAAGACCAACCCUGCCGUGCUGGGCGAGCUGGAGAAGAAGCCCGGCCUGCCGAGUUUGGUUAUGACGCUUCUGCACCGAAGUUUCAUCAAGAGCUACCGCGAUGUUGUUGCCUACGGAAUUCGAUUUGCCAUGUACACCGGUUUGGCCAUCAUGAUGGGCACAGUCUGGGUCCGUCUGUCAACCGAACAAGAGUCCAUCAUCCCCUUGACCAACGCCAUCUUCUUCGGUGGAGCCUUCAUGUCCUUCAUGGCCGUAGCCUACGUCCCAGCCUUCCUGGAAGACCGAAGCCAGUACGUCAAAGAGCACCAGAACGGGCUCUAUGGCGCCACGGCCCUCCUCAUCUCCAACUUCCUCAUCGGCAUCCCCUACCUCUUCCUCAUCGCCCUCUUCUUCUCCGCAAUCUCCUACUGGCUCUCCAACUUCCGCCCGACCGUCGUCGCAUUCUUCACCUGGGUCCUCUGGCUCUUCCUCGACCUCUUGGCCGCCGAGAGCCUCGUGGUGCUCUUUACCUCGCUGUUCCCCAGCUUCGUCAUCAGUCUCGCGCUCGUCGCUUUCGCAAACGGCCUGUGGAUGUCCGUCAACGGCUUCAUGGUCAGCCCCACCAUCCUCAACUCCUUUUACAAAUACGUCUUCCACUACUGGGACUACCAGAAGUACGUCUUCGAGGGCAUGAUGCACAACGAGUUCGCCGAGAGGAUCUACUCGUGCGGCAAGUCGUGCCAGUGCAUGUACCGCACCGCCCUCGAGAGCGAGUGCAAGAUCGCCGGCCAGGGCGUGCUGGACACAUACGGAUACACCGAGAACCACUUUGGGAGGAACGUCGGAAUCAUGAUUGGUAUUAUUGCCGGGUACAGGAUCGCCGCGUGGAUUGUGCUCAAGAUCAAAAAGAACUGA